CGUCUUCAUGUUGAUAUGAUUCGAGGAGUAAAUUUUUUUUUAUUAUACCGAGCAGUUGCUGUUUUUUCACGAAAACAUAGGGUGUUAUUUCGAGAAGCCAAAGUGCCUUCCAAAGUAAAAAAGACUUUUUUGCGCUUAUUUGCGCCAAACUAUUUUGCAAAAACUAAAAUGGUUGUUGCUGAAGAAAAGCGUUUUCUUUCAGGAGUCGUGGAAGGGUUUUAUGGAAGACCUUGGACAUGUACUCAAAGAAGGGAGUUAUUUUCUCGGAUGAGGAAGUCUUCCAUGAACACUUAUAUUUAUGCACCUAAAGAUGAUACAAAGCAUAGAGCUUUAUGGAGACAGCUUUACACAAAAGAGGAGGAGAAUAAACUCAAAGUCCUCAUUGAUGCUGCUGAUAGUGAAGAUGUCACAUUUGUAUAUGCAAUUUCUCCUGGGUUAGACAUUUCUUUUGCAAGUGCAGCUGAUACAUCUGCAUUAAAACGAAAAAUGAAACAGGUCAGUAAGCUUGGCUGUCGAGCCUUUGCUUUACUCUUUGAUGAUAUUAACCCAACAUUAAAGCCUUCAGAUGCAGCAGUUUACAAAUCGUCAGCUCAAGCUCAAGCAACUUUAACAAAUGAAUUAUUUACUUAUUUGAAGAAACCAAGAUUCCUCUUUUGUCCUACUGAAUACUGUAAAACAAGAGCCAUUCCAAAUGUUCGAACAUCUGAGUACCUUUCAACUCUUGGCAAAGAUUUAUUUCAGAAAAUUGAUAUCUUGUGGACAGGGGACAAAGUCAUUCCUGAAAUUAUCACUAAAGAGUCGAUUCAAGAACUGGGAGAAGUUUUGCAGAGAAAACCAGUUAUAUGGGACAAUAUACAUGCCAAUGAUUAUGAUCAAAGAAGAGUCUUUUUGGGAGCUUAUUGUGGUCGACCAAUUGAACUUUAUCCUUAUCUAAAUGGUAUCCUCACUAAUCCCAAUUGUGAGUUUGAAGCUAACUAUGUAGCUAUCCACACUUUAGGGACUUGGUAUCGAAUUGCAUCCAGUGCUUAUAAUCAACUAGAUGAAACCUUUGAUGUUCAUAUGGAGGAUUUGUCAGAUGAUGGUAGUUCUCCAAUUACAGAUGAUGAUUGUGACAUGCCUGUUGAUCUUCUACCACCAUUAACAGCAGCCGAUGUUACUUCUGUUGUUUCAGAAUAUAACCCAAAGAGUGCACUGAAACUUGCUAUUAAUGAUUGGUUAGAUGAAUUUAAUACAAAUAAAAGGGCACCACUGAGGUCGUAUUCUAAACGAAAUUUAAAAACAACAGUAAUUAAUGGUCAAACUGUUCUGUCGGCUGUACCUUACGAUCUUGACAUUACCAACACGACUGAAGAUACCAUUGCAACAAUGAUGGAAGAUAAAACCAAACAAAUGUGUUUAACAGAUGAAGACCUUAUGCUGUUAACUGAACUGUUUUGUUUACCAUACGGACAUGGUGAUAAAGGGAACAAACUUUUGCAUGAGUUUAAGUGGCUUCUUUCAAACGUCAGUGACAUAUACGAACAACCACCUAGCAAGGAGAAAGUGUCACGUUGGUUUGACCGUUUGUUGCGUUGUGACGAACAUUGUUCUGAUGUUUAUAAGCUGUUCGAACACUUCUGUAAAAUACCAAAUGAAGCCAUUCUGUAUGACUUGUAUCCAUAUAUUUGGGACUUAAAAGAGGUUGUGCUAACAUUGGACACCUUCGUUCAUUGGUUAAGUGAUUCAAUGACUACAAAAUUGCCCAUCGACACCGUCAGUGUAAAUCAAAUGCCAUUAAAUAUGUCCUUACCACCAAUGACAGUUAUGAACGACUUUAUUGAACCAUGGCAUAUUAAUUAUUUCGGUGGAUUAACUGUGGCUUUACAUAGACUUCUUCCAUUUAGUGGUGGUUUUAUGUUUCUUGAUCAUGCUCCAGACAUUCCUUCCAAUAAUCUUGUCAAAAUUCGGACCUUUUCGCAGUCUGACAAAGAUGCGUUAUAUAAAUUCUGUGCUACGGAAAACAAAGCAGAAGAUUUUAUGAUAGAUGACGAUAAAAUCGAUAUGUGCGGAGAUCAGGAUAUAGGUCGUUACGCCACACUGUGCCCGAGAACCUUGUUUUUAAUUGAGGAUAACAAAGGUAUUUGUGGUUACGUAGCAACUGUGCCCAAUAACAAACAUUUCGUAGAAGAAGUCUAUACAAAAUGGCUUCCUACAAUGAAAGAGAAAUAUGCUGACAAAGACGUAUUGUCUAGUGUGGCAUUCGCUGAUGUUGAAAGUUGGAGCUUACCUACUUCAUCACAUUUAGUGUUCAAAUUAAAUCCAAGGGUGCAUGACGAGUGUGUCAUGAGAAGGAUUUUAAGUUCUGCGCUUUCAGUACUUAAAGCGUCCGGAUCCACUACUAUAUAUCACCAUCUUGAAAACGAAUUUGAGUUUGAUUUUUACACAAAGCUUGGAUUCUUUCCUGUCAGUGACGUACAGGAAAAGCUUUUAUGGAGGGCGUUAUAGUGGGAGUUAGAGUUUCUCCAGAAAGUGAUUUGGGCAUCCAUUGUGCUUAGUCCCCAACGCGGAGCGUUACGUUUGUAAAGAAUAUUCUUGUAUUUUUCGUUUGUUGUGUUCUACAACUUUCCCGCUAAUAAUUUUGUUUCAGUUAAAUUUUCAAAUCUGUGUACAGUGAAAAGUCUUUGGAAUACCUAUGUAAGAAUACACAGAAAACACUUGUCUUGAUUUAUAUUUUUUUACAUAUGUUAGUCUCUAAGGCAAUAUAUGUUGUGUACAUAAUACAUACAUUUGUAGUAUAAGAAAUUUGUUUUAUAAAAUUAAGUUUAAAUAUAUGUGUACAGAUACAA